GAAAGAGCCGUGGAGCUAUUUGAAUCACAAUACUUUACGUAAAGAAAUUUUUCACUUUCCCCUCUGAGUCUGAGAACGCCGAAACCGAAACACAAAAUAGCCUUCUUGGCUCCUGUGCGGCUAACUAACCCCUUCCCCAAGUUUUCCCUCUCUCUCAUUUAUCAAGUACUGAGUACUACUUUUCUUCAUUUUGGGGUAGUAUAUACAGUUAGGUCACAUUUUCCCCCCACGGGAUAAAUAACGUAUAAUUAAACCUCACUUCUCAGGUGUUUUGGUCGAUCUUUUGCCUAUGGCGGCUGUUGUUCCUUCCUCAGAUCAAACAGCAGAUUUGCUACAGGACUUGCAUUUGGAUUCCGAGAAUAAGUCCCUUCAAGCUCGUGACUCAACAAAGCAGGUUUCAUCUGUUCAAUAUGCACCUGUUGAACCUGGCACCAUGGCGAAUGGAAUGAACAAGCCUUUUGAGAGAUCAACAAGCCCCUUUAAUCAGGAUUUCACAGGGCCAAGCAUGUUUUACAGCCCAAACGGAUACACAUCUCCAACAUACCCUUCUUCAACAUACUAUUAUGGAGGUUAUGAUGGAUCAUCAGGCAAUGAGUGGGAUGGAUUUGCAAGCGCCGAUGGAGUUGAAAUGCCUCAAGGCAUGUUCGGUGACUAUCAACAUGGGUAUGGUUAUGCACCAUAUGGGACAUACUCCCCAUCGGGUUCGCAUGUUGGACAUGAUAGGCAGCUCUAUGGCCCUCAGCAAUACCAAUACCCAUCGUCUUAUUUUCAGUCCGCUUCUUCGACCAGUGGAUCUUACCCUUCAAACCAAGGUAACACUUCCCAGACAGCGGUUUCACCUUCUGUUGCACCUGACCAAGUGCGAUUUCCAGCUGAAUCAACCGAAGCAAAUCAGAGUCGUGUAGGGAGUACCGUGACUCAUCGAACCAAUACGUCAAAGUCUGUAAGACCAACUUACCAGAAUUCUUCUGCGAAAUCCUCUGAUUCCUAUGGUUGGGGAGGCAUGCCAUCAGUAAGUCCUUGGGUCUCUUCAGCAGUUCCUCGUGGGAGCAAUUUCUCUUCUGGAGGUACUCAAAAUCUGCGUCCUCUUCCACAUUCAGUGGGUAUGCAGCAUCCAAGAGCGUCAUCUGCAAUGGGAGGAUAUAUGAAUCAGAUGUAUCCUAACAAUCGGAUGUAUGGCCAAUACGGAAACGCGUUUAGAAGUGGUUUAGGAUUUUCACCUAGUAUUUAUGAUCUUAGGACUGGUGGUCGUGAUUGGUUGGUUGCUGAUCACAAGUAUAGACCUCGUGGCCGUGGUAAUGGGUUAUCUGCCAACAGCAAUGAAAGCGCUGAUGGGUUGAAUGAAUUGAACAGAGGACCCCGGGGAAAGGGUUUCAAGGACCAGAAGGAUUCUGAACCUAUAUCCUUAGCAGUUAAGGGGCAGAGUCUUCCACUAAAAGGCAACUGUGAUGAGGAUAAUCUACCCCUUUUCCCAGAUAGGGAGCAGUACAACAGAGAUGAUUUCCCUGAAACAUACACAGAUGCAAAGUUCUUUGUCAUUAAAUCAUACAGCGAGGAUGAUAUUCACAAAAGCAUUAAAUACGGUGUAUGGGCAAGCACACCCAACGGUAACAAGAAACUGGAUGCAGCUUACAGAGAAGCUGAGGAGAAGUCUGGGGGAUGUCCUGUUUUUCUGCUGUUUUCUGUCAAUGCAAGUGGGCAGUUUGUUGGUCUUGCAGAGAUGAUUGGUCCAGUUGACUUUGAUAAAACUGUUGAGUAUUGGCAGCAGGACAAGUGGAAUGGUUGCUUUCCAGUGAAGUGGCAUAUUGUGAAAGAUGUUCCUAAUAUCAUUUUGAGGCACAUUACAUUGGAAAACAAUGAAAAUAAACCUGUAACCAACAGCAGAGAUACUCAGGAGGUAAAAUCUGAGCUGGGUCUUCAAAUACUUCAAAUAUUCAAGACACAUUCCAGCAAGACAUGCAUUCUAGAUGACUUUGAUUUCUAUGAGGGGCGUCAGAAGAUAAUGCAAGAGAAGAAAGCUAAACAGCGUCAACUGAAUAAACAGGUUGGAAAUGUCAAUCAAUCUGCUGCUUCGACCCAAAUAACUGAGCAAGAUAGGCCAAUAGAUAAAGAAUGGUCAAAAAUACCUGCUUCAUCUGGGGGUUCCACUGGUCUACCCAGAUCUGAAGAUGGGGAACUGAAGCCAUCUGAAGAAAUAAGAUCAACCACAGCUGCCAAAGAUCAACCAAAUGCUAAAGACAAUGAAGUCUUAUUGAAUGGAACGGGAAGUGCUUGCUGAGUGUUUUCUUUUACUUUUCUCUUUUUCUCUCUUCGUGGGCUCGUUCGUUAACUUGGGUUUAUGCGAAGCUUUUUACCGGAUCCAAUUAGCAUAGCAGAAGGUUUUGUUUUUUGUCACAUGCAAUAUGUUUUCUUUUACUAGGAUGGUAAUAAAACAAGUAGCUCAAAACUUUCUUUAUUGGCAGCUAGAAGCUUGGACUCCUUUGAGAAUUGCAAUUACUUAGUGGACUUCAUAUCUUCUUGAUCUUUUAUUUGGUUUUUUAGUUUUUGGCUUAGACUCAGCUUUUAUUAAACGAUCUUGUAUUUCCCUCUUUUUUUGUUAAAUUUGUUGAGGUUUUGUUCA